CCCCAGACUUGCUCAUGGGUACGGAAUAGCAUAUGACUGAUGCGGUAAAAUCUGAUGCAUCAGACACAAAAUCUCCUCCACGUGUAAUCCAGGGUGUAGGUUCUCCAGACAGAGUCCGAUUUGAAUUGCCUCGAGAGGCAGAACAUACUGAAGAAACAGAUAAGUUGCUGGAAGGACUUGGUCCUCGCUUUACCGAUUGGUGGGGUUGUGAGCCACUGCCUAUCAAUACAGAUCUUUUGCUAGCUAUAGUCGCUGGGUACAACAGACCUUUCCGUCUACAUCCUUAUGGAGUAAAACCUAAAUUGACAAAUGAUGAAAUGACAACACUGAGGAGACUUGGUCGACCUUUGCCUUGCCAUUUGUAUUAGGUAAGUUUAAUCUGAUUUCAGACUGUUAUUUAACUAGAAAACACUUGCUAUACUUGCUCAUGUAUUUUUAUCAGGAAGAAACAGAAAACUCCAAGGAUUGGCUGCUGCAAUUGUGAAGCUUUGGGAUAAAUGUGAAAUUGCAAAAGUUUCUGUUAAAAGAAGAGU